UUUUGCGUUAACUUAAAUACAACCUAAAGAUUAUCGACGAACUGUGAGGAAAGAAUUCUGGACUCAAAAUCUCACUCCAGAGAUCAGUUAGGUAAAAAUGCUACGAGUAGAAGGUUUGAUUUUUGUUUUUUUGACUGUUUGAUAUGAUAUUAUAUAACUUAAGAGAUCUAGCGCGACAUCUAGUGGCGCAAAUGUGAAUUUCAGGUCACUCCACUGACAUUUCCCUGCGUAAAUCCGCACCACGUUCAGAUCCGUGCGGAUCUAUAUAUGAUGCUGAGAUUGGGUUUCGCGUGGUCUACAUCAUCAGCCACCAGCAAACACAUCGCACAGGCCAGGCUCUUCACCGGAUCCCUUCUGCGAAAAAACAGUCCUCGUACUUUAUAUAACAACCGGUGCUCUGGACUACCAAAAGCCCUCCAGUUUGGCCAAAAGUCAGUGCUUGCCAGUACCAGAUUGUUCUGGGACAGCUCCAGGUCUUCUGGAGUGAUUUUCUUCAGCAUGGCAUCAGGAAGUGAUGGACCGGACAGAUCAGAGACCCCAAAACACACCAAUCGUCUGAGUAAAGAGAAGUCUUCCUAUCUAUUACAACAUGCGCAUAACCCUGUGGACUGGUAUCCAUGGGGGCAAGAAGCCUUUGAUAAAGCAAAGAGUGAAGACAAGCCCAUUUUUCUUUCAGUGGGUUAUUCCACCUGUCACUGGUGUCACGUGAUGGAGAGGGAAUCGUUUGAAGACGAGGAGGUUGGAAAAAUCCUCAGCAAGAACUUUGUCUGUAUAAAGGUGGACAGAGAGGAGAGGCCUGAUGUGGACAAAGUUUACAUGACAUUUGUGCAGGCAACCAGUGGUGGUGGUGGCUGGCCAAUGAGUGUGUGGCUCACACCAGAUCUCAAGCCAUUCAUAGGUGGCACUUACUUUCCACCCAGAGACAGUGGAAGAAGACCUGGACUGAAAACUGUGCUUUUACGAAUUAUAGAACAAUGGCAGAGCAGCAGAGAAACUCUGGAGUCUAGUGGAGAGAGAGUACUGGAAGCCCUCAGGAAGGGGACAGAAAUCUCUGCCAGCCCUGGAGAAACUCUUCCAUCCGGCCCAGAUGUUGCCAACAGAUGUUACCAGCAGCUGGCUCACUCUUAUGAGGAAGAAUAUGGAGGUUUUCGAGAGGCACCGAAGUUUCCUUCACCAGUGAACCUGAUGUUCCUGAUGUCAUUUUGGGCAGUAAACCGUGCCAGCUCUGAGGGAGCAGAAGCACUGCGAAUGGUCCUUCACACUCUCCGAAUGAUGGCACAAGGGGGCAUUCAUGACCAUGUGGCACAGGGCUUUCACAGAUACUCCACAGACUCCUCCUGGCAUGUUCCUCACUUUGAAAAGAUGUUAUAUGAUCAAGGCCAGCUUGCUGUGACCUAUAUCACUGCUUACCAGGUGUCUGGGGAACGCAUUUUUGCAGAUGUGGCUCGUGACGUGUUGCUUUACGUCUCCAGAGACCUAAGCGACAUGUCUGGUGGCUUCUAUAGCGCUGAGGAUGCAGAUUCCUUUCCUACGGUGGAAUCCAUUGAGAAGAGAGAAGGAGCGUUUUGUGUGUGGACAGCAGGAGAGAUCAGAGAGCUGCUUCCUGACAUUGUGAAAGGUGCCACAGGAGCCAUAACACAGGCGAAUAUCUUCAUGCAUCAUUACGGUGUGAAAGAGCAAGGCAACGUGGACCCCGCUCAGGACCCCCAUGGAGAGCUCCAGGGUCAAAAUGUGCUGAUUGUGCGUUACUCCGUGGAGCUCACCGCUGCUCACUUUGGCAUCAGCGUGGACAGACUGUCUGAGCUGCUGUCCGAUGCCAGAGCCAAGCUGGCCGAGGUACGGAGAGCACGCCCACCUCCUCACCUGGACACCAAAAUGCUAGCUUCCUGGAAUGGACUGAUGCUGUCCGGGUUUGCACGUGUCGGAGCCGUGCUGGGCGACAAGGCUCUGCUGGAAAGAGCUGAGCGAGCAGCUUGUUUUCUCCGAGAACACCUGUGGGACGAAGAGGGCCAGAGGAUUCUCCAUUCCUGUUACCGUGGAGAUAAUAUGGAGGUGGAGCAAGCUGCAUCUCCCAUUGCAGGCUUCCUGGAUGACUACGCCUUUGUGGUGUGUGGGCUGCUGGACCUGUUUGAGGCCACGCAAAGGGUCCACUGGCUGCAGUGGGCUGAAGAGCUCCAGCUGAGGCAGGAUCAGCUCUUCUGGGAUUCCCAGGGCAGCGGCUACUUCUGCAGCGACCCCUCAGAUCCGACCCUGCUGUUAGCUCUCAAACAGGAUCAGGACGGUGCAGAACCCAGUGCGAACUCUGUCUCAGCCAUGAACUUGCUGCGACUCUCCCACCACACAGGCCGGCAGGACUGGAUACAACGCUCACAGCAAUUACUGACUGCCUUCUCUGAUAGACUGAUUAAGGUGCCAGUCGCCCUGCCAGACAUGGUCCGCAGUGUCAUGGCCCAGCAUUACACCCUUAAGCAGAUUGUCAUCUGUGGCCAGCCUGAUGCUGAGGACACUGCAAGUUUGAUUUCCUGUGUCAACUCUCUAUUUCUGCCCCAUAAAGUCCUGAUGUUGGCAGAUGGUAACACAGAGGGUUUCCUUUAUCAGAGGCUGCCUAUUCUCUCCACCCUGGUUUCCCAGGAUGGCAAAGCCACUGCGUACGUGUGCGAGAACUUCGCCUGUGCCCUCCCAGUAACCUGCCCGCAGGAACUGAGGAGACUGCUGCUGGAGUGAGAGCUGCUGUCACACCACACAAACAUCACUGUGGGAUCUCUCCAUAGUCAGACCGCUAUAUCUCAGAUUAUUAUGCAAGUAGCAAACUGCAGUCAUCAAAAAACAGUCAUAAAUGAAAUGCGCUGUAAGACAUUAUACAGUGGCAAGGCAAACCUCUGGGGCUGCCCUUGUUGUGAUGUUCUGCCUUGUUUUAGACCUGUUAUACAAGGCGGUAGUCUUGGGAGAUGGAAAUACAAUGACAUUUUAAUGUGAGAAGGAACGCUGAGAUCAAACCUUUCAGAGGUUUGCCUCAUGGGCUCAGUUGAUCUCUGUCAAUCUGCUUUAUAAACUAUCAAGCAUGUUUCUCCGCAACCUUUCUAUGCAGUGCAGCUGAUCAGCCCUGGAUAAGCAACAUGCUAGAUUUAGAAUGGAAUGACACACGAUGUAUGUAUACUACAGCUCAGACUCAAUGGAAUAUAAUAAAUACUCACUAAGUAA